UAAUUGUAUGGUGUUGUAGCAAUCUAUUUAUACUAGAAGAUGAUAUUUGUAAUAUUCAGUAGUGGGACUUUCCUACUUUUUAACAAAUAGUGUUGGAGCAACUAAGGAUGUUUUUGAUAAGAGACUGGAUAGAUGCAUAAUGAUAUUUGCUGUGAUGUAGUACUGAACGAAUUUCAGUGUGUUGUAAAAACUGUAAUAGUGGAUAAUUUUGGAUUUAGGAGUUGUAGUAUAAAUACAAUUCAAGGCAACAAAUACAAUACAAGUGCCCCACGAAUUGAGGUAUCACGUGUGACUAACACAGUGUAAUUUUGUAAAUGCCGGAUCUCUGGAAUGAUGCACAAUUCACCCAAGUUAAGUCGAAAUCGUGCCAGUGCUGUCUGAGAUCACGUGUGACGAAAGUAGAAAUGUACUGAUGGAGACAGAUCCAUAGUUCACUCCCCGAUUUAAUUGUGGGGGACAAUUGGAAUAUUCAGUAUUUCUGGAUGGCAAGAUUGGGUGGGAGUUUUCAGUGGUUUUGUCUUGAGGUUAGGCAUUUGGAAAUGGGUUAAGGUGAAGAAUGUGGUAUUGCUAGAAUGAAAUAAAACACCGGCCUCGACAUAUGAUAAUGUGGUUUUCCGGAAUUAUCGUUCCAAAGGACGUACUUAUACUGUUUCCUCUAUCCCCAAAUAUAGUGUGUUUUGGAAGCGGUGUAGCGCCUCGGUCUCGCUGCGACGAAGUGGGACGGGGAGGGGAUAUUAUCCAGGGCGAGUUUGGCAGUUGAGACAGGAAAGCGUAGUGGGAAACAAAGCAAGGACAUCAGACAUGAAUUCAUCUUGGUAACAUUUGCAUAGGCUUCCGUUAUGUUUUCAUUGUCAAAGCAGUUUUUCAUCCACACUACGAUGGAUGCUGUGUGCAUGGCGCCUCUAUUGUGCUACUGAGGACUCGUUGGAAAUAGAAUAACCGGACUGAAGAGGUAUAAAAUGAACGGGUUCCAGUCCAGUCCUCCUGAAUGUCCAGACAGCGUCUGUUCAAUCGAAGGACUACCCCCUUUGCCAAAAGGCCUCAGCGGCAUCCUGAACUCCAGUGGUGGCUCAUGGAGGGACAUCAAAAAAGUAUACAGUAAACUGACAAGCAUUCAGGCCGACAUUAGCAAGUCUACAGUGAUCGAUACUCUCCGCCGCAGCAAGCCUGCAAGUCUGGACGCAGGGCUCGCAGUGCUGCGCGAAGAAAUGGUGGGCCUCAGACAGUUGGACAUGUCUCUGCACUGUCAGCUGUGGUCUCUCUAUGAGUCCAUCCAGGAGUACAAGGGAGCUUUUCAGGACAUCUCCAACUCUCUGCUGUCAGAGAGCAGCAUCACUACAGAAAAUAGUUACUCUGAGGAAGAGGAUGAUUAUGAAGAGGAGGAGAACGAUGGUGAUAAUGUACCUCAGAAUCUACCUGGCACUUCACUGACUCUCCAGUCAACUCAGAACUCCCGGGACCAAUGGAUCAAAGAGUCUUUCCACAUUUCCUUAUAAACCAACUAAUAUUUUUCCUGUAUUUACAUAAUAUAAUCUGUUUCCUGUUCUGUAUAGCUGUUUUAUUAUUUCUUAUACUUGUACCCACCUAGCUAGGUUAUUGGCAGAAGGACAUUUUUAAACUGGUGUCAUACUGAUGAACCGUCUCCAUCACACAAGGAGCUGACAUUUUCAACAAAACCUUGUUACUAUAUAAUCCUUCGUUAAAGAGACCUUGCUUGUUGAUUUGGACUAAUUGUGCAUAUCUUGAAAACAAAAGCCAUAUUUCAAAUACCUGAUCAUUUAUAUGUAUAUAUAUAUAAAUAUAUACAUGUAAAUGCCUUGUAAUUUACUCCUUCAUCGGAGUAAAACAAUAGAUUUUUCUCUAAAUAUAAUUUUCUUCUCUACAAUUUUAAGAUUGAAUGUAAGCUUAGUCACGUAGUCACAUACACACAAUGCUGGUAUUUCUCCUUUUUGUUUGUUGUGAUGGGAAGUUUAUGUAUUGAGCUUUUUUAAUAUCUUGGCAUAAAAAUAAAAAAUGCUAUGGACAGGUUUGGAAAGGGGUAAUUGACAUACUCUAACCACUGGAUGGCAACAUUGGUUGUGACAGAUAUCAGCAUCUGUUCCACAUGUAGAAAACCUGAAAAAUCUUGUUUCCCAAGGUGAAGUCAGAAAGUCCUUCAGUUCCAAAAAGUGUACUUUUGUUCCUGUGUUUCUGGCUCACGGCAGAGUAUGCAUAUUGAUAACUGUGGAAGUGUGCCUUUUUGAUAACUGUGGAAGUGUGCCUUUUUGAUAACUGUGGAAGUGUGCCUUUUUGAUAACUGUGGAAGUGUGCCUUUUUGAUAACUGUGGAAGUGUGCCUUUUUGAUAACUGUGGAAGUGUGCCUUUUUGAUAACUGUGGAAGUGUGCCUUUUUGAUAACUGUGGAAGUGUGCCUUUUUGAUAACCGUGGAAGUGUGCCUUUUUGAUAACCGUGGAAGUGUGCCUUUUUGAUAACCGUGGAAGUGUGCCUUUUUGAUAACCGUGGAAGUGUGCCUUUUUGAUAACCGUGGAAGUGUGCCUUUUUGAUAACUGUGGAAGUGUGCCUUUUGAUAACUGUGGAAGUGUGCCUUUUUGAUAACUGUGGAAGUGUGCCUUUUUGAUGGCCGUGGAAGUGUGCCUUUUUGAUGGCCGUGGAAGUGUGCCUUUUUGAUAACCGUGGAAGUGUGCCUUUUUGAUAACCGUGGAAGUGUGCCUUUUUGAUAACUGUGGAAGUGUGCCUUUUGAUAACUGUGGAAGUGUGCCUUUUUGAUAACUGUGGAAGUGUGCCUUUUUGAUGGCCGUGGAAGUGUGCCUUUUUGAUGGCCGUGGAAGUGUGCCUUUUUGAUAACCGUGGAAGUGUGCCUUUUUGAUAACCGUGGAAGUGUGCCUUUUUGAUAACUGUGGAAGUGUGCCUUUUGAUAACUGUGGAAGUGUGCCUUUUUGAUAACUGUGGAAGUGUGCCUUUUUGAUGGCCGUGGAAGUGUGCCUUUUUGAUGGCCGUGGAAGUGUGCCUUUUUGAUGGCCGUGGAAGUGUGCCUUUUUGAUGGCCGUGGAAGUGUGCCUUUUUGAUGGCCGUGGAAGUGUGCCUUUUUGAUGGCCGUGGAAGUGUGCCUUUUUGAUAGCUGUGGAAGUGUGCCUUUUUGCAUCUAACUAUUACUUACAGUAUCUCACAGGAGAAGUUAUGUGGAUGCCAUUGAUAUCAUUGUUUAGCCCUUUAAAGUUAUAUGACUGUACUUUUGCAUGUUUUUGAUUCAUGAGAGCACCACUCUGACUGUCUGGCCAUUAUAAACAAACCAUUCCAGCCACACAUGGACUUAUUAGGUAAUGAUCCCUGUUCUCUCCCCAGGGUAGGAGGAGGAGUCCAGAACACAGUAGCUGUAAAACAUUCAAAUACCAUCAUAACCCAUUCCUUACUAACGGAAUUAGCCCUGAACAUCUAGUGUUUCUACUUAUUUAGUGGUUGAAAUAGAAUUAGAAUAAAACAUAAAAGUCUUGUUUA